ACCCACAGCAAUCAUGUCUAAAGGCGAGUGUCCCAUGAAGGUAGCCAACGUCGCUGGUGGCGGUACCACCACGAAGGACUGGUGGCCCAACGAGCUCAAGCUCAACAUCCUGCGCCACCACGACCCCCGACAGAACCCCCUCGGCGCCGACUUCAACUAUGCCGAGGAGUUCAAGAAGCUCGACUACCAGGCCCUGAAGAAGGACAUCACCGCGCUGAUGACCGACUCGCAGGAGUGGUGGCCCGCCGACUUCGGUCACUACGGUGGUCUCUUCGUCCGAUUGGCAUGGCACUCUUCCGGUACCUACCGUGUCACUGACGGCCGCGGUGGCGGUGGUGAGGGCCAGCAGCGCUUUGCUCCCCUCAACGCCUGGCCCGACAACGUCUCGCUCGACAAGGCUCGUCGCCUGCUAUGGCCUAUCAAGCAGAAGUACGGCAACAAGAUCUCCUGGGCCGAUCUGAUACUCCUAUCCGGCAACGUCGCCCUCGAGUCCAUGGACUGCCCCACUUUCGGGUUCGCUUGUGGCCGCACCGACACAUACCAGUCCGCCGAGGACGUCUACUGGGGAGGAGAGACUGAGUGGCUGGGCAACGAUGUCCGCUACUCCGACGGCAACAAGGGUGUCAAGGGCGAGGGCAUCAUGGACGGCGACCAGCACAAGAACGAUGUCGAGUCCAAGGACGAGAUGCACACCCCCCGCGACCUCGAAAAGCCCCUCGCUGCGGCACACAUGGGUCUCAUCUACACAAACCCCGAAGGCCCUGACGGUGUUCCCGACCCCGUCGCCGCUGCGCACGACAUCCGCACUACCUUCACCCGCAUGGCCAUGGACGACGAGGAGACGGCUGCCCUGAUCGUUGGCGGCCACUCCUUCGGAAAGACACACGGUGCUGCUCCCUCCGAGAACACCGGCCCAGACCCCAACGGCGCCGACCUUGCUGAGCAGGGCUUCGGCUGGAAGAACAGCCACGGCACCGGCAAGGGUCCCCACACCAUCACAUCCGGCCUCGAGGUCACCUGGACUGGCACACCCACCAAGUGGAGCAACAAGUUCCUCGAGUACCUCUACGGUUUCGAGUGGGAGCUCGAGAAGUCCCCUGCUGGCGCCAGCCAGUACGUCGCCAAGGACGCUGAUGCCAUCAUCCCCGAUGCGUACGACUCCAACAAGAAGCACAAGCCUCGCAUGUUGACCACCGACUUGGCGAUGCGCUUCGACCCCGAGUACGAAAGGAUCACCCGCCGCUGGUUGGAGCACCCCGAAGAGCUUCACGACGUCUUCACACGCGCGUGGUUCAAACUCCUCCACCGUGACAUGGGUCCUCGCUCUAGGUGGAUUGGUCCUGAGAUCCCCAAGGAGGUUUCCCUCUGGGAGGACCCCGUUCCUGAGCAGGAGGCGGAGGUGAUCGGCGAGAGUGACAUCUCGUCGUUGAAGAAGGAGAUCCUCAACGCUGGUGUCGAGCCCUCCAAGCUCAUCCGCGUUGCCUGGGCCUCUGCUGCCUCCUUCCGUGGCUCUGACAAGCGUGGUGGUGCCAACGGUGCCCGCAUCCGUCUUGAGCCCCAAAAGAACUGGAAGGUCAACAACCCGUCCGAGCUUCAGGAGGUCCUUAAGGCUCUCGAGGGCAUUCAGUCCAAGUCCAGCAAGAAGGUCUCUCUUGCUGACUUGAUCGUCCUUGCCGGUGUUGCCGCUCUCGAGAAGGCUGCUGGUGUCUCCGUUCCCUUCACACCUGGCCGUACGGACGCCACACAGGAGCAGACCGACGUCCAGUCGUUCGAGCACCUCGAGCCUGUCACCGACGGUUUCCGCAACUUUGGCAAGGGCUCCGACCGUGUCCGCACCGAGCAGUUGGACGUCGACAAGGCCAACCUCCUCAAGUUGACCGCACCUGAGAUGACUGUCCUAGUUGGUGGUAUGCGUGCCCUCAACGCCAACUGGGAUGGCUCUUCUCACGGUAUCUUCACCAAGCGCCCUGGCCAGCUCACCAACGACUUCUUCGUCAACCUGCUUGACACCAACGUCGCCUGGAAGGGCGCCGACUCCUCCAGCCCUCACGAGCUGUACGAGGGUACUGAUCGCAAGUCUGGCCAGAAGAAGUGGACAGGAACCCGUCACGACCUGAUAUUCGGUUCGCACCCCGAGCUGCGUGCCAUCGCCGAGAUUUACGCACAGCCCGACAACUCCGACAAGUUCGUCAAGGACUUCGUCGCAGCAUGGAACAAGGUCAUGAACUUGGACCGUUACGAUGUCAAGGCGAAAGCGGUGAGUGGCACAUCAAGUGUUUCGAGCAGGCCUCGUCUUUGAGCGAGUGAUUCUUCUGUGGCAUUUACGCUUUUUGUACCAUUUGUUCGCUACUGUAUUUUAGUUUGAGCGAAAAAAGCGCGGUUCACUGACGAGCAAUGAUAGUAAUGAUACCGUAAGUAGAGCUGUAGAGCCAUAGCCACCCCAAAAGAUACCUAGGUAGUUGGUAGUGUAGGAUCAGAUAGGAAGACAGCGAAGCCACACGAUACCGAGGCACAUGGUUAUGACUUUUGAAUAUCAAC